CUCACUCGUUCGCGGUGACGGACGACUCUCAUUUGUUCCCUGCCCACUACCCAGCAUGCCAGUCGGUGCGCACUGAUCCACUGAUACUGUCGGUAAUAUGGCGGCCGUCAGUAAGUACCUGACAGCUAAAAACUCUUCGAUAGCUGGCGGGGUCCUACUCGUUUUAUACAUCCUGAAGCAAAGAAGAAGAAGAGGAGGAGGCAAGUCAAGCGGCAAAAAAGGACUCUCGGAACUGGUGUUGAGCAAUGAAGACAAAGCAGCCAAGAAAGACCGUGCUGCGGUGGACUCUGUCUUCUUCCUCAGAAUCAGUAAGAUCAUCCGGAUCAUGGUGCCUCGCUGGUUCUGCAAAGAGACAGGAUACCUUGUCCUCAUAGCUGCCAUGUUGGUGACCAGGACAUAUUGUGACGUCUGGAUGAUUCAGAAUGGAACCAUGAUUGAAAGCGCAAUUAUCGGUCGUUCCAACACCGAUUUCAAGAACUACUUGUUCAACUUGUGCAAAGUCAUGCCACUUAUUGCAUUGGUGAAUAACUUCUUGAAGCUGGGUCUGAAUGAGCUGAAGCUGAGGUUCAGAGUGAGGCUAACCAAACACCUCUACGACGAGUACCUCAAAGGAUACACGUACUACAAAAUGGGCAACCUGGAUAACCGUAUCGCUAACGCUGACCAGCUGCUGACUCAGGAUGUAGAGAGGUUCUGUAACAGCGUGGUGGACCUCUACUCCAACCUCAGCAAGCCUCUCUUGGACAUUGGACUGUACAUCUUCAAGCUGACGUCUGCCAUCGGUGCCCAGGGCCCAGCGAGUAUGAUGACCUACCUGCUGGUCUCAGGCCUGUUCCUGACCAGACUACGACGGCCCAUCGGUAAGAUGACGGUGACAGAGCAGCGCUACGAGGGAGAGUACCGAUAUGUCAACUCGCGACUCAUCACCAACAGUGAGGAGAUUGCCUUCUACAACGGGAACAUGAGAGAGAAACAGACGAUUCACUCAACAUUUAACAAACUGGUCGACCAUUUGCACAAGUUUAUCUUCUUCCGUUUCUCAAUGGGCUUCGUGGACAGCCUGAUCGCAAAGUACAUAGCCACUGUGGUGGGCUACCUGGUGGUGAGUCGGCCCUUCCUCAACCUAGCCGACCCCCGCCACAUGAACAGCAGCCAACCGGAGUUGCUGGAGGACUAUUACCAGAGUGGCAGGAUGCUACUGAGGAUGUCCCAGGCUCUGGGAAGGAUCGUACUGGCUGGUAGAGAGAUGACUAGGCUCUCUGGGUUCACCAUGCGUAUCACUGAGCUCAUGAAGGUCCUGAAGGAACUGAACUCCGGGAAGUACGAGCGUACCAUGGUCUCUCAUCAGGACAAGGAAUCAGAAGCCGUAGAAACAGUCCCCCUUGUCCCGGGCAGCGGACGGAUCAUCAACGCUGACCACAUCAUCAAGUUUGAACACACACCACUGGCAACACCCAAUGGAGAUAUCCUGAUCAAGGACCUGACCUUUGAAGUGAGGUCUGGUACCAACGUGUUAGUGUGUGGGCCCAAUGGCUGUGGCAAGAGUUCACUCUUCAGAGUCCUGGGAGAGCUCUGGCCUCUGUUCGGAGGACAGCUGACCAAGCCUGAGAGAGGGAAGCUCUUCUAUGUUCCUCAGAGACCGUAUAUGACCCUUGGCAGCCUGAGAGAUCAGAUGAUUUACCCUGACACCUAUGAGGAACAGAAGCGAAAAGGAAUCUCUGACCAGGUGUUGAAGGAGUACCUGGACAAUGUCCAGCUGGGUCACAUCCUGGACAGGGAGGGGACCUGGGACACCGUACAGGACUGGAUGGACGUCCUCAGUGGAGGAGAGAAGCAAAGGAUGGCGAUGGCUCGGUUGUUCUACCACAAGCCCCAGUUUGCCAUCCUGGAUGAGUGCACCAGUGCUGUGAGCGUUGAUGUGGAGGACUUCAUCUACAGCCACUGCAGAACGGUUGGCAUCAGUCUGUUCACCGUCUCUCACAGGAAGUCUUUGUGGAAACAUCACGAGUACUACCUUCACAUGGACGGGAGAGGGAACUAUGACUUCAAACCCAUCACUGAGGAGACCAUUGAGUUUGGCUCCUAGACAAACAACAACACACACACACACACGCACCAUAAUUUGGCCUAGAAAAAGUUGCUCACUAAUUCUGCACUUAAAACCAAGUUUUUGAAGUAACCCUGUUUUUUUUUUGUUUUCUUUUUGACAAAUCCGUAUUUAAAAGCAUCUUGUUAGUCACGUGAUUGUAUAUAACUUGUAAUUUAUGGUCCAAAUUGGUCCAAACUCAUGCAGAUUACGGAAUGGGCUAAUGUUUGUGUUAUACAACUGUGAACUGAAUCAUGCUUCAUAAUGAUUAAGAUGAGUUAGCCCCUACAGAGGACUCUAAUCUGAUGAAUUAACACAGGGAGGUAGAGACCCAGGUGAUUGUUUUAGUGGUCUUUUAGACAAGUCACUGAGGGCAGCUAAUAAACUGCUAUCUUGUCUUUUUUUUUUUUAAGGUAUAUGUAUAAUGUGCAAAUGAAGCUGCUUGUUUCCUCUGCUGGGGUGAAAUCCUUCCAUGUGCUUUCCUAGCCUGGUCGCUGAUAUGUUUGUACUGUCUAGGACCUGGCUAGUCCAUCUAGGCCUUUCCUAGCCUGGUCCCUGAUGUUUAUACUGUCUGGGACCCGGCUAGUCCAUCUAGGCCUUUCCUAGCCUGGUCCCUGAUGUUUGUACUGUCUAGGACCUGGCUAGUCCAUCUAGGCCUUUCCUAGCCUGGUCCCUGAUGUUUAUACUGUCUGGGACCCGGCUAGUCCAUCUAGGCCUUUCCUAGCCUGGUCCCUGGUGUUUAUACUGUCUGGGACCCGGCUAGUCCAUCUAGGCCUUUCCUAGCCUGGUCCCUGAUGUUUAUACUGUCUAGGACCUGGCUAGUCCAUCUAGGCCUUUCCUAGCCUGGUCCCUGAUGUUUAUACUGUCUGGGACCCGGCUAGUCCAUCUAGGCCUUUCCUAGCCUGGUCCCUGAUGUUUAUACUGUCUGGGACCCGGCUAGUCCAUCUAGGCCUUUCCUAGCCUGGUCCCUGAUGUUUAUACUGUCUGGGACCAGGCUAGUCCUAUGCCUUUUCAUAUAGUGGUCCCUGAUGUUUGUACUGUCUGGGACCAGGCUAGUCCAUCUAGGCCUUUCCUAGCCUGGUCGCUGAUAUGUUUGUACUGUCUAGGACCUGGCUAGUCCAUCUAGGCCAUUCCUAGCCUGGUCGCUGAUAUGUUUGUACUGUCUAGGACCUGGCUAGUCCAUCUAGGCCUUUCCUAGCCUGGUCGCUGAUAUGUUUGUACUGUCUAGGACCUGGCUAGUCCAUCUAGGCCAUUCCUAGCCUGGUCGCUGAUAUGUUUGUACUGUCUGGGACCCGGCUAGUCCAUCUAGGCCUUUUGUAUCCUGGUCCCUGAUAUGUUGGUACUGUCUGGGACCAGGCUAGUCCAUCUAGGCCUUUUGUAUCCUGGUCCCUGAUAUGUUGGUACUGUCUGGGACCAGGCUAGUCCAUCUAGGCCUUUUGUAUCCUGGUCCCUGAUAUGUUGGUACUGUCUGGGACCAGGCUAGUCCAUCUAGGCCUUUUGUAUCCUGGUCCCUGAUAUGUUGGUACUGUCUGGGACCAGGCUAGUCCAUCUAGGCCUUUUGUAUCCUGGUCCCUGAUAUGUUGGUACUGUCUGGGACCAGGCUAGUCCAUCUAGGCCUUUUGUAUCCUGGUCCCUGAUAUGUUGGUACUGUCUGGGACCAGGCUAGUACUAUGCCUUUCGUAGCCUGGUCCCAUGAUAUGUUUGUACUGUCUAGGACCAGGCUAGUCCUCCUAGGUCUUGGGUUAUGAAGCCUGACCUACUGUAGAGUAAAGAGGAAGUGUUGCCUGAAGCUGGAGAAUCCCUGUCCCCAGGUGCUUCCUCUGUAGCCUUUUGUCAGUUUUGUCUUUCAGCGUGUUCUCACCUCCCUCUUAAAACGCAUUGAAAGAGAAGGUCUGAGGAGAGAGGAGCCUUGGGUUUUCUCCAAUGUAGUUUGAGAAAGAGAUGAGGAAAGGGCCGAUGAGAGGAGCCCGGUGUGUGUUCGAGGAAGGCUCUGAAUCACUCACAUUUGCAAAUCAUCCAUCACAAAUACGUUUCUGCACAGCGCUCGGUUGAAUCCCCUGGACCAGGUUUUCUGUCUCCUGUCUUUAAGCAAUUCCGUCCAUAAUCAGUCAUUCUCUCCAGCUGCUUGUAGCAGUAUGUGGACUUGGCACUAGAUGACAAAUCGACUGAUCUAUGAGAAUUGUGUGACAUGUGUUCUUCCUUGGAUCAGAGUGGUGCAGUUGAUCUGCAGAAACCCAGAAGGCUUCCUCCCCUACCACAACAGUAACUACUACUAUAAUAUACUGACUGAAGCAAUGGUGUUAGUCUGUUUUUUUGUGAACUGUUAAAAACAGGCUCUGUAGAACUCAUGGUUAUAUGGGAGAGAGACUGUGUAAUAUAGUGAUUUGACUCUUUUAAAAAAAGUGCAUGCACCUGCAAUAAACUGUAUCAACAAUGCAUUUUCAUUAAAACAGAGAGACUGGA